AUGGUGUCACGAAAAUGCGACAAGAUCAAGUUGUCGAAUGAGUUUCCGCGUUACCAUCGGUUGGUCGAGGCUCAUCUGCUUCCUGUUCUUGACAUCAAGAUCCACGGUCCCUUGAUUACCAACGUCCGAGAGUUCCUGUACGAAUUCCAUAGAAUAGGAGUAACAAAGUUCACGACGGGCGGGUUCGAUGAGAGAUGUUCAAGGUUGUUGUGCUUGGCGAAUAUGGAUCGCAAAGCGUCUGAUGCCAUGAAUGCAGUCUUGAGUCGUGACCCUGAAGGAAAGUGGCCGUGGGCGAGAUGCGAGAAAGUGUUUGUGGAGAGUGCUAUGACGCAGACUGAGAGAACAGAUGAGGUUGAGAAGGUGAUCAAGAUGGGGUUAGAACGAGGUGAAUCGUACAAGCAGUACUACCAUCGGAUGAAGAGGUUGAUGGAUGUGUACCAAGUCAAGGACUUACCCAAGUUCGCUGAUUUGUUAUUCUUGCUGCAGAGAGCGGUCGACCCGAGCGUUCUUACGAUGAUCUUGUUACAGAAGCGCAUUGCGGUCCUUGAGGGGAUGCUGGGUGUGGCACCUGAUGAAACAACCUUCGAGUCUUAUAUGGACAGUUUGCAGCAUAUGCAGGGACCCGCAGACAGUGAUGAGUGGGCACCGGUUAUUUUGGAGAGGAGACGAUUGACCGGGGCUGCAGAUAACGAAGCAGCGAGGCAGGCCCAGAGUUUAAAGGAUAAGCUCAUCAACCAGCAGAAGAGGGCAGCGGCAGCAGCAACGCUUGCGACGACAAGUGGAACGCGUGUUGGGGGGACUACUGGUGGUAGCAUCAACCAAGUUCCUACAGCGGGUGACAGUUCGGUCCAGAAGGGGAAUGCUGGAUUCGGCGGUCAACGUGGCGCCUUCGGUAAUGGUAGUGGUUCUGGUGCGCCUAGAGGUCGAGGAGGCGGCCCCUUCAUGUGCAGAGGAUAUAAAAAGGCAUAUAAAAAAUAUCCAAAGUCCAAGGAACGGAGUGUUGACUUCCAUAACUGA